AUGUCGGCAUACAGGGCCAGGAAUUGUUUAAUGCCCGGAAUACCUCCAUUCCCAGAUAUUUUGACCAUUGUCCUUGCUGAUGAAUCUAAGCUUGCUCGCUUGCAAGAAGAUGACUUGGUACUCGAGACCAGUACGGACAGGAAUGAAUACUUCUUUGACAGAAAUCCAGUCUUUUUCAAUAUCAUACUGGACGCGUACAGAAAAGGUGUUGUCCAUCUGCCGAAAGACAUAUGCGGGUUGGAUUUUAAGAAAGAACUGGAUUUUUGGGAGAUUUCACCGGGGCAUGUUGCCCCGUGUUGCUGGGAAGCCUACUACAGGGGCCAGUCAGAAGAAGAUACAAUGACACGCCUGAUGGACAACUACAAGAAAAACACAAACGUCUGUCUGAUGCUAGGGCAACGAAAAAGCUUUAAAGAGAAACUUUGGCUUUUCUUGGACGAGCCACACUCGUCGAGGCAUGCGUUCAUCUGGGCAGUGUUUAUGUCAUCCAUUGUCGUACUGUCGACAGUUUUACUGUGCAUCGCAACUUUGCCCACAGACUUUGACAAAAGUUCUGAAGAUGAAAUUAAACUCGUUCAAAGAAUUGCUGAUAUUUUCGGCUUCAAAAACCAAACGGGUAAACAGUUGGAAGAGUUGAAAUGGAAUAAUGCAUUGUUAAUGAGCAUGGCGGCUUUUACAUUAAUUUUGACAGCAGAGAUAUUGGUCUGUUUCACCUUAUGCCCGAUUAAGAGACAAUUCUGGAACACACGCAGAGUUCUUACCUUUCUUGGCUACAUCUGCUUUUGGAUAACUUUUGGUUUAGAGUUGAAUCUCGAAAUUUUGACUGCAAAACCAGCCGAAUACUCAUUUAACGAGAAAAUGAAUAACGCUUUCAGCGCCAUGUACUGGGCCUUGAUCACCAUGACAACAGUCGGAUACGGAGAUUACGUACCAGAAACAGUAUUAGGUCAUGUGGUUGCUUGCGCAUGCGCAAAGCCCAAGAUCAAGGAGGCCCUCCGACAGGGUCUUCUUAGUGUUGUAGCUGCUGAAUCCUAA